AUGCAGCUCAACCUCGUUUCCGCCAUCAGCCUCCUGGCUGCUAUCAGCCCGGCCCUGGCUAUUAGCCCUCUGGUGGAACAACUUCAGCAGCUUACUGAUGCUGCCACCGACGUUCGUGGCAUUCUCAAAGAUGCCAGCCCCAUCAAUAUUGUCCAAAGCAUGCCUCGGGAAAUUGACGCGACAAUCGGUUUACUGAAUACCAUGAAGCGAGUGAUCGGCACCUGGCAAUCGUCUAUUGCUGCACAAAAGCAAAGAUACAUCGAAGAAUUCCCUCAGAGUGUCGAGGAAGGAGACAUAGGUAUUGUCUGCCAAGAAUUUAUCAACUACGCAACAGCGUCGCAGGAGUUUAUGAACACUUUGACCGGCAAAGCUGGUCUCAUUGCAAUCACCCCUUUCACACAACCUGUCAAUUCAGUCAUGGAUGUUGACUUCGAUUAUACCAAGACUCUUACCAACAACAUUGAGGGCGUGGUUCCGGGUUGCAAGGAAGCUAUUGCCGAUCCGGCGAAGAAACUACAGGAAGCCUAUGAGAACACUAAGAAGGCGUACAGUGAUUAG